GCUAAUCGCCUCUUACCUGCUCCCGUGAGGUAACAGUUCCCAACCCGUCAUCCGCAAACAUUUCAGCGGAGUGACACUCCCGAAAACACCGCAAAGGAGUCUGUACACCGUCCAUGAUGAUCAAGAAGAAAUCGGAAAGUGAUUCACCGCACCCACUGGAGGCAGAGGAGGCUGCCUCGAGCAUCCUUGUUUUGUCUUGCAGUCCACAACAAGAAACACGUUCUGACAUUGCCCAUUGAAGCAGACAUGGCCCGUGAGUGGAAAGGGAGCCAUUUGUCGCUGAGUUAGCCGACUGGCAGCUUUUAUUCACUUCCUUUCCUCCCUUUUCUUUUAAUUCAACAUCAUGGCUAAGCAGUACGAUGUGCUCUUCCGACUCCUGCUUCUCGGAGACUCCGGGGUUGGAAAAACAUGUUUGCUGUGCAGAUUCACCGACAAUGAAUUUCACCCGUCUCACAUUUCAACCAUAGGCAUUGACUUCAAAAUGAAGACACUGCUAAUAGAUGGUAUCAAAGUGCGAAUCCAGAUUUGGGACACUGCAGGCCAGGAACGCUACCAGACCAUCACCAAGCAGUACUACAGGCGAGCUCAGGGAAUUUUCCUGGUCUACGACAUCACGAGCGAACGCUCCUUUCAGCACAUCAUGAAGUGGGCCAGUGAUGUGGACGAGUACGCUCCAGAAAAGGUCCAGAAGAUCCUGGUCGGGAACAAGUCGGAUGAGGUGACCAAGAGGCAGGUGCCCACAGAGCAAGGGGUCAAGCUGGCCCGAGCUUAUGGAAUGGAUUUUUUCGAGACAAGUGCCUUCACCAAUCAUAACAUAACAGAGACUUUUACACGGCUAUCCGAGCAAGUGCUGGCGGCCAACAAGAAGGACCUGGACCUUCUGCGGAUGUCUCAGAACGACGAGCUGAACCUGGCUGCUCUGGAGGAAGAGGAGGGAUUGUGUGACGGGGGGUCCGCCGACCAGGGGAAAGGCUGCUGGUGUUAAUUGUGACGAGAAUGACAGAACCCUGUCGGAAAUUGUAUCGUGGAAAGCCCUUUGAGCAUUUAUUGGACCUCCUCCAAUUUCAGGUCAGUGUCUCAGUGCGCUCUUUGUCCUCUUUAGUACAUCAGCUAGGGAGCAUUAGUGAAAUCUUCCUUUUAAAUUGGGAAUAGCAGAUUUUUCCAAAAUGCAGAAUUUAUGAAUUGAAUGUAGAGGCCCACAAUGAUGGUUUUCAAAAGCUUUGGAAAAAAAUUCUCACCUGUUCUGGAGACAAGUUUUUGCACGGAAAUUUGAUUUGAUUGCAACUUCAGUGAAGUUAAAAAAAUCAGCUGGCUGUAAAUUCAAUUAUGAUUCAACCAGAGAUGCCUCUCGGAGACAGAAUGAACAUCCACUUUGUGCGCAUCCUCUUUCGUAUUCUUAAACGCUACUUGUGGACUUGAAAUGACUGUUUGUGUGUGUGUGUGUGUGUGUGGGGGGGGGGGUCUGGAUCGUAAACUCCGGAAUCAUAAUGCAGAUGUGUUGUUUAAAAAAAAAAAAUCUUCCUUCUUCAAAUCUACUUUCCUGUAUUUGUGAAAAUAUAUGACAUUGUACAAGCUGAAUGCAGCAUAUUAUUAAAUUGUCACAUGUUUAUGAGUAAAUGCUCACAGAUUUAAAA